CUCGAGUCAAAGCGGUACAUGGUUGUGGUAGAGAGGGAACAGGCGUUGUUGAAAGGGAGAGGAAGCUGAAACGGCAGUUGGUACGCAAGCUAUUGCUUUUUAACGUUGCUUGCAUCCAUUGCUAUUUCCUAAUGGCAACGGAGGAUAAAAGGAAAUGUGUGCCGCAGGCUGAAUCAGAAGUCGGUUCGUUACCGACACCUCAUGGCUACAAUAACAAUAAUAACAACAACAACAAUAAUAACAAAGAUAGCGAGGGAAGCGAGAAUACGACCACGGCCACUUCGAGCGCUACCGCAUCGAGCGGGACAGGAACUCAUAGCAUCGGGAACGGCUCUGGAGUCAACCCUACAGUGGGAAAUAACGGGAAAUGGGUCCGGUUGAACGUCGGCGGCACAGUAUUCCUCACAACGCGACAUACCCUACUCAAAGAACAAACGUCCUUUCUCUAUCGGCUCUGUCAACACCAGGACUUACAUUCGGACACGGACGAGACAGGGGCCUAUGUGAUAGACAGAGACCCCACCUACUUCGGCCCCAUCCUUAACUACCUGCGACAUGGCAAACUGGUCUACAACAAGGAGCUGGCUGAAGAAGGUGUGUUAGAGGAGGCUGAGUUCUACAACAUCACUCCUCUGAUAAAACUGAUCAAGGAGAGGAUCCUGGAGCGGGACUGUAAAAUCACACAGCAGGUGCCUCCUAAACAUGUGUACCGGGUGCUGCAGUGCCAGGAGGAGGAGCUGACCCAGAUGGUUUCCACCAUGUCAGACGGCUGGAAGUUUGAGCAGGUCAGCGUGCGCACCUGCAGAAAGCCCCGCACCGGACUGCUCUGGACUAUGGUAAACAUUGGUUCGUCGUAUAGCUAUGGGACAGAGGACCAGGCAGAGUUUCUGUGUGUGGUGUCCAAGGAGCUACACACACCUGGCUCAGGCCUGGGCACAGAACAGAGCCACAAGACCAAGGCUUCAGAGGUGCAGCAGGAGAAAGGAGCGCAGGAUGAGGUGGAGGGAAGAGAGAGAAAUUCCACCCCGAAUGAGUGGAUAAGGGAAUGACAGUCUUGUGUCAGUGUUCCAAAGACAUGAAUGGCUUUUUCAGAUCCAUGGAUCCCGGAUGUACUAGAGAGAAUUGUACUGUUUUAGCUUGACAUUUCAUUUUGUGUGUGUUGACAUAUGUUUUAUCAUUGUUGUUGCUUCUGGAGAAAAAAACCCAGAAGUGCUCAAACAUUAUUUUCAAAGAUUAUCGAAGUGUCCCUCUCACCAGCAGCGAAACACCAACAUUUCAAAGUGUGUAGAGAUAUGUUAUUUUUUAUUAUCAUCUAUAAUUUUUUUAAUGUAUUUUAGUUCCAAUCACUUAAGCCAUGGAAGUUAGUGAAUCUUAGUAAAAUAGAUUUGACCAAAGACAAUGAUUAAAAGCACUGCAAAUCAAUGUGCUCAUCCAAAUGUGAAAAAUGGUAUGAAAUAUGUGGAAUCUGACUCAUAAGUAAAUUGUUGUUUGCAGUAGUUCUGACUUGUCUGAUGCUUGAUACAGUAGUGAGACCUGAGCCAGUGAUGUGGCAAUGUCCUGUCUCUGAUACUGCUCUGCUGCAGUAGAGAUUGACAGUGAGACUCACACAGAAAGACAGACAGAUGUCAACUAACUGGCCACAGUCAGCACCACAAAAAAACUCUUCCCCCUUACACACACUCCCUUACGCUGUCUCACAGACAGGCGCACACACACAGUCUUGUAUAAUUAACUUUGUUCGGACACACAAUUCAGUCCCAUUCAAAAUCCUAUUUUUCCUAACCUUAAGUAUACUUAAACACGUCCACACACACACACACACACACACACACAUCUUUCACUCACUCACUCACUCACUCACUCACUCACUCACUCACUCACACAUACCCAUAGCAGUGCUUCCUGUCGGGACAUGUGUGUUCCCUGAGGCAUGUGCAUGCUCAGCAGAGCAGAGCUCUCAGCCUGUCGCCCUGGCCUGGCUCCAGUGUGACUCUAGGCACUGGCAGGAUAAAGAAGAGAAAGGUGCUGAAAGAGGUCUGUGUCUGAAGUGGCACCUUAUUCCCUACAUAGUGCACUACUCUGGUCAAGAGUACUGCACUAUAUAUGGAAUAGGGUGCCAUUUUGGAUGCAUCCCUGUUCUCUGCUCAUGUUGUCAUUACACUUUUAGCUAGGACUAUGGCACAAAUAUUGUUAAAGAAUUUCAUUUUUUUGUAUGUAUUUCACUGUAAAUGAGUAGAAAGGAGAUAAGAUAAGACCUUGUCAAAGGCAUCAUGCACUUAGAACAGAAAAUUGUUGCAAAUGAAUUAGAAGGUUUUGGCACUGGCCAUUAUCACCUCCGAGCCCCUGCAGCCCAAUACUGUCACUGUCAGUAGAGACAGCCUGUCUCUGCAACCUUCAAAUACUGCAAAUAUACUCAUUCUAGUCUCUGCAUGUCAACAUACCCACAGAUCACCAUUUGAGUUGAUUUCAGUUAAAAGCUUUCAUGGAGGCAAUAUUGCGUUUUUGUGCAUGUGCAUUGUGAAUAUAACGUUUGGCUUUGGUCAUCAAAAAAAGAGCAUAGCAUAUGGAUUAAGAUCACUUAAUUGGUCAAUUGCACAUAAGGUCCAACCAAAAUUUGACAUCUGCUUUUAACCCAACUCAUCCAAAGCAUACAUAUCCAGUUUUUUUUUAGAGCAGUGUGUGGGCACUUCCAAACUGUGUGCUGUUGUUGUGGGGGGUUAAGUGCCUUGCUCAAAGGCAGGCAGUGGCAUCUAGGAUUUGAUACCAGCAACCCUCAUGUUGCCAGCUCACUUCGCACAAGAUUUUUACCGUCAGACACACUUCAAGUUGCUGGCUCGCCUCCCUAACUGCUAGGCUACCUCUCUAACCGCGAGGCUUGGGUGCCUUGGCAGUAUAGGCAUGUACAAAGUCUCUGGGAAAAUUUGUUUGAGUCAGUCAAUGGACUGCAAAAUUACUGUACUACAUUUCUUUUGUACAUGUGUUUUGGUUAUUUAUUUUCAUGACAUGUUAAUUGCAUGUUUUUUUCAGAAUCAUGAUUACUGCUGUAAAAUAUUUUUUACAACCAAGCUUAUCUUGUAUUUCUCCUGUUUUUAAGUGUCAUUGUUUAAAAAAAUGUACUCUAUGUCUAGCCAUGUGCCAGGCAUUGACCUCAUGUUUUGGUGGUUUUGCAUCAGAAGAUGUCCCCUUUAAUGAGACUACUCUAGUUUGUAGCCUUAGCUCAAACUGUUUGUGCUUUUCCAAGACAUCAGAACUUGAGCUGAAAACCUGGUAUUCCUCAGCAUGUUUAAAAAAAAAAAAAAGUUCUACUCAUCCAUGAGCAU